AUGAAAGUCGUGUUUGCGUUGCUGCUGCUGACUGCGGUUUGUGGAACAAAAGCUGGACGAGUAGCGAAAAAGCUCGAAAAAUCAAGCGGAACUUCUGCCGACAAAAUUAAACGUGAAGGAUUCGAUUCGGGUUUCAGUAGUUAUGGGUCAAGCAGUUACGGGUCUUCGGGGCAUGGAACGUCGGGACAUGGCGCGGGAUAUAGUGCGGGAAGCGGAUUGCGAUCGAUUGCGCAGGGAAGUGCAGAUCAGGCGCAUAGUAUUGUGUCGAGUCAGCAUUUGGCGGCGAGUCAAGCGGCGUAUGUUGCUAAAAGCACAUUAGCUCAACACGCUUUACAAGCAGCUGCUACAGCUCAAGCUGCUCUCGCCGGCAAACAAGUCCUUCUCGAAGGUCUCGAACAGCAAAAUCUCGAGGCGCAUCAAGCACUCGAACGCGAAAUCCAACAACUCCAGCAGGCAAAACGUUCUGCCAAGGCUUCCAAACAAUCCGCCGAACAAGCGUUGAAUCACGUCGCUGUCCUAACUGCCGCCUUAAAUAACGCCCAAAUCGCCAGCGAACACGCGCAACAAAGUGCAAGCGAAGCUGCUGCCGAAUUAGCGUCGCAAACCGCCAUGGUUGGCAGCGCAAAGAAAAAAGUCGAAGAACUCGAGGAACAUUUGCAUCGGGCACGUGUCGAUUUCGAAGCAACAAAAUCUGCGGCGGAAAAAGCACAACAAUCGGCGACAAUUGCAAGUAAUAACGCUGCUGAAGCUGCUGCGCAUGCCGCGACAAGUGCAACGGAUCAACUAAAGCAUAACAUCGAUCACGACAUUGAGUCGUCGUUUGAAGAUCAUUCGGCGUCGUUGGAACAUCAAUCGAUCGAACCGCACAGCGCGUAUUCGCAAGUUGUGCAAAAAGUCGUUCCGACAAGGAUAAAUCGCGGCGAUGCCUUGCCUCCGAGUAAAAAUCAUCAACAUCAAGCGAAAAAUCACAACUACAAUCACAAAGUUGAGUAUGCCUAUGCCGGUUAUUAA